AUAUCAUUAAAAAUAAAUGGAAGUCGAGCAAGCCAAAGAGGAAAUACAUGACAAGUCACAUGCUGAAGGGACGAUAAUCUCCCAAGGAGCUGAGGGUAGGAUCUUUGUAUCUGAGAUAUUUGCUACACCUUGUAUUGUGAAAGAGAGAUUCAUCAAAAAGUACCGAGUUCCUGAACUAGAUACUAAAAUUACCAAACAAAGGAUAACUCAAGAGACUAGAAAUAUGGCUAGAGUGAAGAAAGCAGGUGUGAAUACACCUGCUUUGUUUUUCUUAGACCAUGAGAACAGAAAAAUUUAUAUGGAAUAUCUUCAAGAGCCCACUAUCACUGUCAAACAAUUCCUCCUUGAAAUAGAAGAUAUCAAUAUUCCAAGAAUUACAGAAAGUCUGUGUCAGAAAAUCGGAGAAUCUCUUGCUAAAAUGCAUCAGGCGAAUAUAAUCCAUGGAGAUCUGACCACUAGCAACAUGAUGGUGGAUAAGGAGUCUAUCUCCCACGAAGACCCUGCUGAGAACACCUGCGCAUUGUACUUAAUAGACUUCGGUCUGAGCUUCUUCAGUCUUAAGACUGAAGAUAAAGCUGUUGACCUCUAUGUCCUCAAAAGAGCAAUGAUCAGCCUGCAUCCAGGCUCUGAGGUGCUGUUUGACAAGAUCAUUGAGAAGUAUAGGGAAUGGAUGUGCCAAGAAAAGUGCGAAGAUAAGGGAAAUGAGAUAAUAGAGAAGUAUAAAGAUGUAGAGCUUAGAGGCAGGAAAAAGAUCUGUUUUGGAUAAAUUUUGUGCUCAA